GCCAACGCGCAUAGUCUUCCUCGGCAGGAAAAGUUCCAUCUCCGCGCCACCGCGACCAAGAUCAUCUUGCGACUACAUAUCCUUUACGCCUAGUGGCACUGCAUCACCGGCGAUGCGGAAAUCGACAGUGGGGACCUCUGCGCGAGGAGGCCGAGGAGGGAAAACAACGCCAGGCGCUGCGCGGUCGGCAGGAGGUCAGGCGUCGGGGAGCGACUCGCGCGCGCGAAAAACAGCGUCAGCGGCUGAGCCCGGAGACCCCGUACCAAUACCGCGCAAGAAGAGAUACAGGCCGGGCACGAAAGCCCUCAAGGACAUUCGGAGGUUACAAGCCAAUACAGACCUACUGAUGAGGAAACUCCCCUUUUCACGAGUGGUUCGUGAAAUCGCGUUGACGAUGCGCCCUGCCGACUCGGGGAUGCGGUGGCAGUCGCAAGCCAUUUUGGCCUUGCAAGAAGCAGCCGAGGCGUUUCUAGUACAUCUGUUUGAGGACACGAAUCUGUGCGCGAUACACGCGAAACGUGUCACGAUUAUGCAAAAGGAUAUUCAAUUAGCAAGGAGGAUACGCGGUGUAUGGGGUGGACUGGGCUAAACGCCACAGUGGGCAACUGUGCUCUGCUCGGCGACAACGACGGGGCGAGGAACAGGACUUUCUUGAGCUCGACACCAGCUCGUGGUGUUCGACCGUUGCUUGCCUUGCAGGAAGCAAUGCAACCUUUGCUCCAUAUGACAUUU